ACGUUCAGUAGAUAAUCUUGGCUCGAUCGACAAUAACUCAAAAUGAUCAAAAGUUUAUUCAUCGUUGUCGUCGCAGUUUGCUGCGCUUCUGCUCAGUACCAUCUGAAUCCCAAAGAGUACCGAAGCGACAACCCAUCGCCAUCCUUUGAGGUCGAACAGGUCGAUGAACGAUUCAUAAAAACAGUCUCUUUGACCCUAUCGACCACGACUACCACAACAACAUCGACGGCAACAGCAACGUGCACCACGUCCACUGGUGCGCUUUCCGUUUGCACAGCGUCCGGAAGACGUCGUCGUGGUCUCCAUCUCAGCGGAAACAAGGAAGGCCGUGGACUGUUCUACAACGAAAAUGAAGAAGAUAGCGAAGAUGGAACCAUUUUCCUGCCUUCACUUAUCAAGGAAGAAGGUCAGUCUGUGAAAUCAGAAGUUGAACCUAUCCGCGAAACACGCGAAGCCCCUGCACCCAUUCCAUUCGUCGUUCAGCCCGGAUUUAAUGCUCCUGCUGGCCAAGGACGUGUGUUGCUCUUUUUUGGCACAUCGACAGUCACGACCACAACCACCACCACAACAACAACAACGUCGUUGACUGCCAUUUGCCGCAGCACAACCGGAUUUCAAGUAUGCGGAUCCACUGGCAAAUAAGUCUUUUCCUGAACAUUCUUGCUCGGCGUUCAUACGAACUUGGAUCAACUGGCCUGAUCGCUAUACUGUUUUGCUCUUUGAACACUAUUUGCGAACAUAGCAUGACUUUAAAUUUAUUGCCUUCAUGUAUUGUUUACUAUUUACCUUUAUCUUAUUGCGCAAACAUGUCUUCUUGACUUUUUUUUCUAGCAAUAGCUGCAAAACGCUUUUUUGCGUUAGAAAAGUCAAUACACUUACAAGACGUGGA